AUGGGGCAGGAGAGUCCUACCAAGAGCUUUGAGAUAUCUGGAUUAGAGAUUGGCAAUGUGGAAGGUUUCCUCGCCCAAUUUGUAUUAAAGGCAAAGCAAAUUCUUCAAGUGCUCUGCAAGCUAAAGUGUGGAUGGGAUGAAGUCAUCCCUGAAGAACACUCUAUUUCAUGGCAGAGAUGGCUCUCAGAGCUGGACCGGCUCUCCAGAUUCCAGAUAGACAGGUGUAUGAUGCCUGAGAACUUUGGUCAAGUCAAGACGGCACAGCUGCAUCACUUCGGUGAUGCAACAAGGAAGAUCCUUAAGAGCUGUGUCUUUUGCAGGCGGAUGCAAGCUAGAGCUGGAGAACAGAAGAUGGCCGACCUUCCACAAGAUCGGGUGCCACCUGAUUUGCCGCCUUUCACCCAUGUGGGCAUAGAUUACUUCGGCCCCAUAGAGGUGAAGCGAGGCCACGUUCAUGUGAAGCGGUAUGGUGUGAUCUUUACUUGCCUUCAGCCCCCCAGUGGCGAGGAGGCAGGACCCAGUAAUAUGGGGACAGAACCCGCCCAGCCAUUAAUUGAGGAGCUGACAGAAGAAGAAGUGGCCUUCCUCAGAGACGGCAGCCCAGCAGACACCCACAGUGGAGUACAGGAGGGGCUAGGAGCCAUGGAGGGUCAGAGUGAAGCGACCCCCAGCACCAGUGGAGGGGAGGCAGGGAGUUCCACACAGCAAGGGGCUCAUUUGUUGCACCCCAAACCAUCAACCUCAGGCCCGUCUAAGAGAGAGUGGCUGGAAAGGCAGAAAGCAGAGCUGAACACAUACACGCGCAGCAGAAAUCUGAGAGACAGACCAAGAAUCACUUACACAGAGGAGGAGGUCCCCAAAGAUGAUCACUACCUCUACUGUGAGGACUGCAAGUCUUUCUUCAUGGAGGAGUGUGGGGUCCAUGGUCCUCCCCUCUUCGUCCCGGACAUCCCUGCCCCUCUAGGAACCUCUGACAGGGCCAGACUCACCCUCCCGUCCGGCCUGGAGAUCAGGACAUCAAGCAUCCCUGAAGCAGGACUGGGGGUUUUCAACCAUGGAAACACUGUGCCUGCAGGAGCCCACUAUGGACCUUAUGAAGGAGAGAUCACAGACAAGGAACAAGCCAUGGAGAGUGGCUACUCCUGGGUGAUCAACAAGAGCAGACACUGGGACGACUACAUCGAUGCUGGGAGAGACACUCACUCCAACUGGAUGAGGUAUGUGAACUGUGCUCGUCGUGAAGAAGAGCAGAAUCUGGUGUCCUUCCAGUACAGAGGAGGGAUUCUGUACCGCUGCUGUAAGCCCAUAGCUGUUGGAGAGGAGCUGUUGGUUUGGUACGGAGAGGAGUACGCCAGAGACCUGGGCAUUGUCUUCGACUACCUCUGGGACAAAAAGAGCUCUGCUAAAGAUGUGAAUGCUGAGUCGUCCCAGGUCCAGAUCUUCUCGUGCUCUGGCUGUCCGUUCUCCUUCACCUCUCAGAUCUUCCUCCACAAGCACAUAAAGAGAAGUCACCAUGAUGAGUAUGUCAGACUGUUGAGGAGUGGAGAGAUCAGAUCAGAGAAUCUCAUGUCCUCCAGCAACUCAACACAGCACCAUGGAACCACCUCAAGAGAGAAGCCAUUUCACUGCUCUCAGUGUGGGAAGAGUUUCAGUCAGUCAAGUGACUUAAAGAUACACCAGCGCACUCACACAGGAGAGAAGCCAUUUCACUGCUCUCAGUGUGGGAAGAGUUUCAGUAGAGGGGAUCAUCUCAGAACACACCAGCUCACUCACACAGGAGAGAAGCCGUUUCACUGCUCUCAGUGUGGGAAGAGUUUCAUUCAGUCAAGAGACUUAAAGAUACACCAGCGCACUCACACAGGAGAGAAGCCAUUUCACUGCUCUCAGUGUGGGAAGAGUUUCAGUACAGGGAGUAAUCUCAGAACACACCAGCUCACUCACACAGGAGAGAAGCCAUUUCACUGCUCUCAGUGUGGGAAGAGUUUCAGUACAGGGGGUAGUCUCAGAACACACCAAAGCCGUUUCACUGCUCUCAGUGUGGGAAGAGUUUCAGUCAGUCAGGACAUCUAA